UUUCUAGUAAAACAUGUGGAAGUCAGACGAGAUUGUCUCAAGUAGCGAUGAGAGCUUUGAGGAAGAAAUUUCCACCAGUAAUUCUGGAAAGUUUGACAGUGCCACUGGUGCAUGUAAACUGAAAUCUGUGUUUGACGAUAUUUUCGCCGAUAUUCAAGCCAAUAUUCCUACGCUGGAAUUGGAAAAUUCCUCAGAGGAAAGUGACAAUGAUGAAGAGCCAGUCUUGUACACAAGAGAGGCAUGGCCAUUGUCACCAAACAUUGCAUUACAAACAAGCACACCCAGUAAUAAGGUAAACAAUUCACCUGCAGCCAGUGCAUCAGACAGUGGACUCUUCCUUGCCAGCACAGAUGGACACACAACAAGUAGUUCAUCAAUUUCCGACUGUGAACAGGUUUGUUCAAAAUGAUUAAUGGCAUAACCUCCAAAAACAAACAUAUCUUUUCACUGGAAUGUUCGUGUUCUUUCUUGAACCACAUGAGAAAGAGAUUCACGCAAUUCAGGCUGGACACUGUACCAU